CCUCGCUCUGGACGAUGUGGAGCAGCGAGCGCGUAGCGGGUGCGGGGUCUGGAGGGGCGGUCGCGACGGUGGCCUUCACGAACGUUCGGGACUGCUUCCUCCAUCUGCCGCGGCGCCUCGCGGCCCAGCUGCACCUGCUGCAGAAUCAAGCUAUAGAAGUAAGCGGCGAUCGCCAGCCCACAUACUUGAGCUGGGUGGAAGGCAGACAUUUUCAUGAUCAAGGUGAAAAUGUGGCUGAAAUUAACAGACAAGUUGGUCAGAAACUUGGACUCUCAAGUGGAGAACAGGUGUUUCUCAGGCCUUGUUCCCAUGUGGUGUCUUGUCAGCAAGUUGAGGUGGAACCCCUCUCAGCAGACGACUGGGAGAUUCUGGAGCUACAUGCCAUUUCUCUUGAACAACAUCUUCUAGAUCAAAUUCGAAUAGUUUUUCCUAAAGCCGUCUUUCCCAUCUGGGUUGACCAGCAGACUUACAUAUUCAUCCAAAUAGUUGCUCUGAUGCCAACUGCCCCUUACGGGAGGCUAGAAACUAACACCAGACUCCUUAUUCAGCCAAAGACACGCCAAGCCAAAGAGAACACGUUCCCAAAAGCAGGAGAUGCACCCGGGCAGUUUCGUGGUUAUGGACGAGAGCAGAAAGGAACGUCAACAGAAUUUCGAACUAAGCAGCUCCAUGUGAACACAGAGGGCGUCACUGGGUCUAAUGGAACAGAUCCAGAAGUCCCGAGUCACUCAUCACUGAAGCCACGCUGGUGGACCGUGCUAGGGAGCAUGUUUUCUCUUGGGCCUGACAGUAAACCAGAGGCAUCCUGGGGCUCAUUGGAAGUCGGUGCUUUCAGAACCAUGCAGUCACAGGCUGUUCCUCUGGACAGUAUUUUCAGAGUGUGCCAAGUUCAGCCUCCCAGUGUGCGCCACACACCCGCCACCUCUGUGUUUCACAAACACUGCACUGUCCAUGUAUUUCCAUGGGACCAAGAAUAUUUUGAUGCAGAGCCCAGCUUUACUGUGAUCUACGCAAAACUAGUUAAGCUACACUCUCCAAAGCAACAGCAAGGCAAAAGUAAGCAGAGCAUCCUGUCAGCCGAAAAGGAGAAGGCCCUGUCAGAGCCUGCAGAUCAGAAGCAGAUCAGCUCCAUCCGAAGCGAGGAAGCUGGGAAGGCCUGUGUGCUGAAGGUCGUCUGGAAUGGCCUGGAGGAGGUGAAGAAUGCCACAAAGUUCACCAAAAGAAUAGAACCUCUGCACCUUGGGAAAGUCUGGAUUCCAGAUGCCCUGAGAAAGAGACUAAAUAUAGAAAUGCAUGCAGUAGUCAGAAUAACGCCACUGGAAACCACCCCUAAAAUUCCAAGAUCUCUGAAAUUACAACCGAGAGAGAACUUACCUAGAGACAUGAGUAAAGAAGAUGUAAAAGCUGUGUUCUCAUCUUGGCUACAGCAGUCUGCUACCACCAAGCUCCCUUUGAUAAUAUCAAAGGAAGAAUGUAUUAAGCUGGAAAUUAAAGAUGGGUUAAAAGAGUUCUCUCUGAGUAUAGUUGAUUCUCAGGAAAAAGAUAAGGAACCAGGAAGCACUGUGUUUGUGUUGAGUGCCAUUCUGCUGCAGAAGAUGUCAGUUCAGGUCCUUCUAGAGCCUAUGAUAAGAGAAGAAAACAGUGAGGAAAUUGACUUUCUUCUUCCCUUUUUAAAGCUGAACUCUUUGGGUGGAGUGAAUUCCUUAGGUCUAUCCGCCAUGGACCAUAUCACUCACAGCCUCCUGGGACGCCCUUUGUCUCGGCAGCUGAUGUCCCUUGUCGCAGGACUUAGGAAUGGUGCUCUUUUGAUCACUGGAGGAAAGGGAAGCGGGAAAUCAACAUUAGCCAAAGCCGUCUGUAAGGAAGCGCACGACGUUCUUGAUGCCCGUGUGGAGAUAGUUGACUGCAAAGCUUUACGAGGAAAAAGGCUUGAAAGUAUACAAAAAGCCCUAGAGCUGGCUCUCUCAGAGGCAGCCUGGAGGCAGCCGUCUGUGGUUCUGCUGGAUGACCUGGACCUCAUUGCUGGACUGCCAGCUGCCCCAGAACAUGAGCACAGCCCUGAAGCAGUGCAGAGCCAACGCCUUGCACAUGCUUUGAACGAUAUGAUCAAAGACUUUGUUUCUAUGGGAAGUUUGGUCGCACUCAUCGCUACAAGCCAGUCCCAACACUCUCUACAUCCCUCACUUGUUUCUGCUCAAGGAAUUCAUAUGUUCCAGUGUGUCCUGCACAUUCAACCUCCUAAUCAGGAACAGAGAUGUGAAAUUCUGUAUAACGUCGUGAAAAAUAAACUGGGCUACGAUGUAAACAAUUCCCCUGAGUUGGACCUGCAGCGCAUAGCUAAAGACACUGAAGGGUUUGUGGCUAGAGAUUUUACAGUUCUUGUGGACCGAGCUGUGCACGCUUAUCUCUCUCGUCAGCAUAGCUCCACGAGGGCAGAAUUGACUUUAACAACAUCAGACUUCCAAAAGGCUCUUCAUGGAUUUCUUCCUGCUUCUCUGCGAAAUGUCAACCUGCAUAAACCUAGAGACCUGGGCUGGGACAAGAUUGGCGGAUUACACGAGGUUCGGCAGAUACUCAUUGAUACCAUCCAGUUACCAGCCAAGUACCCAGAAUUAUUUGCGAACCUGCCCAUACGACAGAGGACUGGAAUAUUACUUUACGGUCCUCCUGGGACAGGAAAAACUUUACUUGCUGGGAUAGUUGCAAGAGAGAGUGGAAUGAACUUUAUUAGUAUCAAGGGGCCAGAGUUACUCAGCAAAUACAUUGGAGCAAGUGAACAAGCCGUCCGAGAUGUUUUCAUCAGAGCACAGGCUGCAAAGCCCUGCAUUCUUUUCUUUGACGAGUUUGAAUCCAUUGCUCCUCGAAGAGGUCACGACAACACAGGCGUUACAGACCGAGUCGUUAACCAGUUGCUGACACAGUUAGAUGGAGUAGAAGGCUUGCAGGGAGUUUAUGUGUUGGCUGCCACUAGUCGCCCUGACUUGAUUGACCCUGCCCUGUUGCGGCCUGGCCGACUGGAUAAGUGUGUGUACUGCCCUCCUCCAGAUCAGGCGUCUCGUCUUGAGAUUUUAAAUGUCCUCAGUGACUCUCUGCCUCUGGCAGAUGACGUGGACCUUCAGCACGUGGCAUCGGUAACGGAGUCCUUCACGGGAGCUGACCUGAAGGCUCUGCUGUACAACGCGCAGCUGGAGGCCUUGCAGGGCAGGCUGCUGCCCGCUGGACUCCAUGACGGAGGCUCCAGCUCUGAGAGCGACCUGAGUCUGUCUUCAAUGGUCUUUCUUAACCACAGCAGUGGUUCCGACGACUCAGCUGCAGAUGGAGAGUGUGGCUUAGACCAGUCCCUUGUUUCCCUCGAGAUGUCUGAGGUCCUUCCAGAUGAAUCAAAAUUCAACAUGUACCGACUCUACUUUGGAAGCUCCUAUGAAUCAGAAGUUGGCAAUGGGACUUCUUCUGACUUGAGCUCACAUUGUCAGUCCGCACCAAGCUCAGUGACUCAGGAUUUACCUGCACCUCCCGGGAAAGACCCACUGCUUACGCAACAUCCUGUGUUCAGAACACCUUCCCAAGAAGGCUACCAAGACCUUACACAGGAACAGAGAGACCAGCUGAAAGCGGAUAUCAGCAUCAUCAAAGGCAGAUACCGGAGCCAGAGUGGAGAGGAUGAAUCCCUUAACCAGCCAGAACCAAUCAAAACCAGUUUUGCUAUUAGCCAGGCACAUUUAAUGACUGCACUUGCCCACACAAGGCCAUCCAUUAAUGAAGAUGAAGGGAAGGAAUUUGCUGAGCUGUAUGAAAACUUUCAAAAUCCAAAGAAGAGAAAAUAUCAAAGUGGAACAACAUUUCGACCUGGACAGAAAGUAACUUUAGCAUAAAAUAUACUUCUGAUUUUUGUAGAUGUGUUUGUCUGUUUGUCCUUAUGGUCUGUCUCUAUGUUGUUACUAUAAAAUGAUGUCUGUAAAUUUCUUUUUAAUAAACUUGGUUAAUCUAUAAAACCA